UCACCAGGUCCUGGCCGGAGAUUCCACGCCGGCACUCGGCGAUCACUGGAACACUGACAGGGGAGAGGUCUGUAUGUAAACAAUACAGAUCUCUCCCCUGUCAGCACAAGCAAUGCUGCUUUGCUCCCUAGUAAAACACACACAGCACACAGUAAAACAGCACACAGUUAACCCUUUGAUCGCCCCAGAUGUUAACCCCUUCCUGCCCAGUGUCAUUAGUACAGUGUCUGUGCUUUUUAUUAGCACUGAUCACUGUAUUAGUGUCACUGGGGAUGUCAGUGGCAGUUAGUCAGUUCCCCUCUAGUGUCAGAAUGCCCGUCGCAGUCCUGCU